CGUCAUCACUCCGCGUCAGACACAGCUGAUUCCACAGCUCUGGGAUGUCCUAGUUGUCCGGCGUCCACGACUCGUGACAUGUGAUCAUAAUAUUAAGAAUUUAUCAAAUCUUCAAAAUUAUACAUUAUUUGUUUAUCCUAAGGGAAUAUGCAGCGUGUUUUGCGUUCGCCAUGGUUUGCUGCUGGGGUGUCCUUGGCCAUUGGAACAAGGGUCGGCGCUUCUCUUCAUAGUUUGCAGAAGGACACUACAGCCAGCUCCACUGACAGACUCCUAGAUCACGAUCUGCACUCUUUACUGUCUCGAGUCCCCGUUAUCCCUCUACCGAGUGUUGAGGCGGCCACCGAGUUGACGAUGUACCGGGGGGGUCCUGUUGGCUCAAAGCCCGGCGCUGUGAUGAAGUACGGCUUCCCCUCGUUGGCCAACAUCAAGAGCAGAGAGUCCUACAUCACGUCAUACGACCCCCGCACCCGCACGGCCUCUUGGGUAAUAGAACAGCUCACACCGGACAGCUUGACCGGCUCGUCAGACAGGAAGUACUCUGACUUCAAAGAAGAUGAUAGCGUCCACGUUUACCAUCGAUCGACCAACCAGGACUACAGGGGGAGCGGCUUCGAUAGAGGUCACCUGGCAGCAGCAGCCAAUCACAAAUGGAGUCAAAAGGCCAUGGAUGACACCUUCAUUCUGAGUAAUGUUUCUCCACAGUGUCCUCAUCUCAACCGGAAGGCCUGGAACAACUUGGAGCAGCUUUGUCGCUCUCUGACCAAACAAUACCUCAAUGUCUACGUCUGCACUGGACCCCUCUACCUGCCCAGAGCUGAGGCUGAUGGGAAGCUCUACGUUCGCUACCAAGUGUUGGGUCGAAACCACGUUGCCGUGCCAACGCAUUUCUUUAAGGUGCUCAUUCUGGAGCGGGCUGGGGGCCAGGGUGUGGAGCUCAGGUCCUACGUCCUGCCCAACAACCCAGUGGAGGACAACGUUCCUCUGGAGAGCUUCCUGGUUCCCAUAGAAACCAUCGAGAGGGCCUCCGGACUGCUGUUUGUUCCGAACAUCAUGAAGAUGACCGGCAGCCUCCAGGCCAUCUCUGCCAGAUAACGGCUCUUGAGUCAGAACAGUAGUGGAAGGGGUGAACGAGCAGGAACUUGGUCCUCCGUAUCUUACGUUGAAUACACACAUUUUCGUGAAAUCAAGAUGCGUUUUAGCAGAAUCCGUCAUGUACGUGCUAAACAUGUACAUUUUUAACCGAUAUUAUAUACACGUGUGUUUUACGUGUGUGACUUGUUCUCAAUUAUAGUGUCAAUAAAGUGGUAUUUAUAAAA